GGCAACGGGGAAAACUGGCUGCUUCUGGUUUCCAGACAUAAAUACAAAGCCAAGCCGGGUCUGAGAGAGAACUACAGAGACACAACGGACAAGCGGAGCACUCUUAGGGGUUUUUUUUUUUACACAGAAGAAGACCAAGAGAGUCAGAUUCUUUGUCAGAUUCCAGUUGGGACUCUGCCUGAGCCACUCCGAAACGUUAAUAUUGCUUCCAGUCAGAAGAAAUAACCGACUCCACCGAAGAGGAGCUUAGACGGCAUGCAAAGUUGUGAAAUUUCCUCAGACAGCACUGAUGAUCCUCUUAGUAGCGGCUUUCACCCUCAUCGACAGCCUCGAAUAGUAGUAAUUGGUGCUGGCUUGGCCGGCCUUGCUGCAACAAGGGUCCUACUGAAAAACGGAUUCACGGAUGUCACAGUCCUAGAAGCAUCAGACCACAUCGGUGGGAGAGUUCAGAGUGUUAAGAACGGAAGAGCAACCUUGGAACUUGGAGCUACCUGGAUUCAUGGUGCCAACGGGAACCCAGUGUAUCACCUGGCAGAGGAAAAUGGGCUGCUGGAGCACACCACAGAUGGAGAGAGGAGUGAGGGACGCAUCAGCCUGUACACCAAGAAUGGUGUGGCCCACUAUCAGACCAAUGUGGGCAAAAGGAUCCCCAAGGAUCUGGUGGAGGAGUUCAGCGACCUGUACAAUGAUGUAUAUGAGCUGACUCAGGAGUUCUUCCAGAACGGGAAGCCAGUUUGUGCUGAGAGCCAGAACAGCGUCGGCGUUUUUACACGAGACCUAGUUCGAAAGAAGAUUAUGGUGGACCCUGAUGAUUCCGAAUGCACCAAGAAGCUUAAACUCUCGAUGCUUCAACAGUACCUCAAGGUGGAGAGCUGUGAGAGCAGCUCUCCCAGCAUGGAUGAAGUGUCUUUGAGUGAGUUUGGGGAGUGGACAGAGAUCCCUGGCGCACAUUACGUCAUUCCUGAAGGCUUCAUGAAGAUUGUGGACCUCUUAGCCCAGGACAUCCCGUCUCAUACCAUCUGCCUUUGCAAACCAGUCCGCUGCAUUCACUGGAACUACUCGGCCCAGCAUCGUGACGUCAUCGGCAAGAGCAGCGACACCAGGAGGGACGACAACCACAACGAUAACAACCAAGGCCACCAAUCAAACGAGGACCCCCUGAUCCUGGGUCAGCCUAUUUGGGUGGAGUGCGAGGACGAGGAGUGGAUUCCGGCAGACCACGUCAUCGUGACGGCUUCCCUCGGGGUGCUAAAGCAAAACCACGAGAUGAUGUUCUCCCCAUCUCUUCCCGAAGACAAGGUUCUUGCCAUUGAGAAGCUGGGCAUCAGUACCACUGACAAGAUUUUCCUGGAAUUCGAUGAGCCCUUCUGGAGCCCAGAGUGCAACAGCAUCCAGUUUGUGUGGGAGGAUGAGGCUCAGCUUGAACAGCUGGCUUACCCCGAGGAGCUGUGGUACAAGAAAAUCUGCAGCUUCGAUGUCCUCUACCCACCAGAGCGCUACGGCUACAUGCUAAGCGGCUGGAUCUGCGGCCAGGAGGCAUUGCACAUGGAGCGCUGCGAUGACGAAACAGUGGCUGAAACCUGCACGGAGCUGCUGAGGUGCUUCACAGGGAAUCCUGACAUUCCAAAGCCCAGGCGUAUCUUGCGCUCAUCUUGGGGCAGCAAUCUCUACAUCCGAGGCUCCUACUCCUUCACCAGGGUCGGGUCCAGUGGAGAAGACUGUGAAAGGCUGGCCAUGCCGCUGCCUUAUGCCAACAGCACCAAGGCUCCACCGCUGCAAGUCCUGUUUGCUGGAGAGGCCACCCACAGAAAGUACUAUUCCACUACACAUGGUGCUUUGCUCUCAGGACAGAGAGAGGCCACUCGCCUGAUGGAGGUUUACCAGGACCACAAAGCCUAAUAUAUAUAUAUAUAUCUAUAUAUAUAUAUAUAUAUAUAUAUAUAUAUAUAUAUAUAUAUAUAUAUAUAUAUGUGUGUGCAGCAAAAGUGUACAGAAAUUGAACCUCCGACUAGUGAAAAAAAUACAAUCCAUUGAGUUAAAGCUUUCUGUUUUCAUGAGGUUCUAGUUAUAAAUAUAGCUUGGGCAUUAUUACACUGAUAACAAAUGAGUAUUUUUCACGUACUGUAGAUUUUAAACCAUGCUAAAUUUUCUUUUUUAAUUGUUCUGUUAUCAACGGUGCUGUAAUUUCUUGUCUUGGCCAUUCUGUCAUUAUGUUGUCACUGUUUUUGUUUUAAUCAGAAAUUUAAUGUUUCUAGCAGCAGUAUCUUUAAUUUACAUUUUUUAUAAGUGCCUUCUGUAUUUAAUAUCAUGUUUCUUAAAAAAUAAUGAAGAUACUUAACAAAACGUUGUGCAAAUUCUAACAAAAUAAAAGUUCUAUGAUCAUCUAA